AUGUGGAUUCUCAUGCGCUUUUGGAUGUUGGUGCUCCUCGGAAAGGCUCUUGUUGUCAAUGGUGAUGACUUGAAUGGCUGGUCCUCCUUAUUGUCCAAGACAGAAAGCAUGACGACAAUGUCUUGCACGGAUGCUGCCAAUGCCAUUCAGCAGUUCGUCAAGGAUGCUCGGUUAUCGGCGGCAAGGUCGUUGGCACAAACUCUACCGCCAACCUGCGAAAAGCAGGUGUCCAAAGCAUACAUUCAAGAAGCGGAUAUGCUACUAGAGAUAUUAGAAAAAGAAGAAGACGGCUUUCAACAGUUACUCACGCCAUCGUUAAAGUCGGAUCGCGCACAAGCUACGAUUGAUGACGCUUGGAUAUGCAGCAUUGUGGAUAUCGAAACACUGGUAGUGGGUGACUAUUGGGAAAAGUGCUGCUCAAGUCUUUGGGAGUACUCGUCUCCCAAUCGGUCGCCUGAGCAACUUGGCGAAUGCUUUCCAGACGGAAUACCAGUCUGCUGUGAAUUCUUUGAAGGUUCACCAUCCCAUUUGCGGUUGCCAGUUCUGCGAGAACUUGCUAUUCGAUUACGACUCACCUUUGACGAUUAUGAAAUGCGAUUCAUUGCACUAGAACAAGAUGGCUUCUUACGCCCAUUUGAUGUGUCAACAGUCCAGUGGCCUGCAGGGUAUUUCCUUGCCCUUUGCGUUGCCGCUCCGGUCAAAUGCGGCAUUCCCGAACUUGAAUCUAUCCUGACGAAGAGACCGGCAAAUGAUCCCAUAGCCAUUGAACUUGGAUCUGGUCUUGGUGCCUCUAGUAUAGCCUUGGCCAUGGCCACCUUGACAUUGAACUCUGAAGUUGAACAUUCAGGGCCACCACUUGUCAUUGCGACUGACAAUUCGUUGCGGGCCUUGGCGCUAAAUACGGCAAAUAUCGCUGCCAAUAGUUUGACGGAAGCCAUCAAGGUUCAAAGAAUGGACCAUUUUGAUAUGGAUCAAGUGCAGCAGUUGAAACAAUCACACUUUGGUGAAAGCUCUGAAGAAGGGUUCUCCUUGGUCCUUGGAUCGUCCCUCUUGUCCUUCUUUGUAGACACUGAUCAUCCAGACGCACCACUAUGGCAAACACUGGAUAUUUUACUACAUUCCGAAGCCGAUAAACCACCAGCAUUGGCGCUUUUGGUACAUAGCAAAGUCGAACCAGUGCACCCACCAAGUGACGGCACAUUUCGAUUAGUUCGACGGAUUUCAGGGGAUAUUUUUGAGAUGCGGACUAGAAGUGCAGCUUCAUCUGACUUUGAGCUAUCCAUUUUUGAGAGAUGCGAUGACGGAUGCCGUGCUUCCGAGCGAACGAAAGCCUCUGGCGAGGGUGAAUUGUGA